UCAAUAAAAACAUAUCCUUGGGUGGAAAUUUUAAAAAUAAAAAGCAGAACUGUGGGUCUGAUGGUGAAAGAAGAGAAGUUCACUUUUCUGAGAAUAAUUUCCCAAGUCAGUGCAUAGGAAAUAAACAUAAAAAACAGAACCGUGGUCUGAUGGUGGAAAAUGAGAAGUUCACUUUUCUGACAACAAUUUCCUUAGUCAUUUCUCAUGAGUUCACCUUGACACAGGGAAAGGGGUUGGCUUAAAGCACAGUACAGAGCUUUCAGAGUUGGCUGGCGAGGAUUACCUGCAUGCAGGAAUGAGAGGGCCAUCACUUCUUCAAGGACUCUGCAUUCUGCUGAGUUUGUCAGGAGUCAUGAUUCAGAAGGCCAACUUACCCACAAUGUAUCUAAUGUGGAGACAGAACAAUGAAUAAAAAGAAGUCUCUUGAAGUAAACACUCAAGUGGGGAGAAACAGCAUGAUGGUCACCAUUUCAUUCUGAUUAUAAGCACAUCAACACAAAAUGAACAAGAUCAUUUCAGGUACCUGUCCUCCGUGCCCCCAAAAUGCUGUUUGUGUCGAUGGCACAAACUGUACCUGCAACUCUGGAUACACCUCCCAAUCUGGGAAGAAAUUCUUCACAUACCCCUUGGAGAUAUGUCAAGAUACUGAUGAAUGUAAGCCUCCCAUUAGUGUAUAUUGUGGACUAAAUGCUGAAUGCCAGAAUGUUCCAGGAAGUUUCUACUGUCAGUGUGAACCUGGAUAUAAACUCCUCUCUGGGAAUACACAGUUCAAGAAUUCCAAUGAGAACACUUGUCAGAAUAUCACCUCCUCAAGCACAACCAAAGGCAAUAAAGAGCUACAACGAGUUGUUGAAAAUUUUGAGUCACUUCUCACCAACACAACUCUGUGGGAAUCAGGAGAGGAGAGAGAAGUUGCAUCCAAGGCCACAUCUAUUCUCCAGACUAUGGAAUCCAAUGUUCUAGAAACUGCCUUGAAUGCCCCAGACCAAGAAAUCCAGAAACUUCAAAACAAUACUGUGGCUGUUGAAACUCGAGUUGUUACAGACAAUUGCUCCAAGGAAAGAAACAUCAUCAACUUGAACGCCCAAAUGAACUCACUGGACAUCCAUUGCAAUGACAUCAUCCAGGGAAACCUACAAGGUCCCAGUGCAGUUGUCUUUAUUUCAUACUCUUCUCUUGGAAAUAUCAUAAAUGCAACUUUUUUUGUCGGGAUAAAUAAGGAAGAUCAAGUUUACCUGAACUCCCAGGUAGUCAGCGCUGCUAUUGGACCCAAAAGGAACACAUCUCUCUCCAGGCCUGUGAUUCUGAGUUUUCAGCACGUGAAGAUGAAACCCCUGAGCAAGAAGGUCUUCUGUGUCUUCUGGAACAGCACUGGGGAGGACAGCCACUGGUCCAGGGACGGCUGCUUCCUGGUGCAGGUGAACGAGAGUCAUACCACAUGCAGAUGCACUCACUUGUCCAGUUUCGCUGUCCUCAUGGCCUUCACCAGCCAGGAAAAGGAUCCCGCCCUGGCUGUGAUCACCUACGUGGGGCUGAGCCUCUCUCUGCUGUGCCUCCUCCUGGCGGCCCUCACCUUCCUGCUGUGCAAAGCCAUCCAGAACACCAGCACCUCACUCCACCUGCAGCUCUCUAUUUGCCUCUUCCUGGCCCACCUGCUCUUCCUCACGGCCAUCGACAGAACUGAGAACGAGGUGCUGUGCGCCAUCAUCGCGGGUGCCUUACACUAUCUCUACCUGGCCUCCUUCACCUGGAUGCUGCUGGAGGGCCUGCACCUCUUCCUCACCGCGCGCAACCUGACGGUGGUCAACUACUCCAGUGUGAGCAGGUUCAUGAAGUGGCUCAUGUUCCCGGUCGGCUAUGGAGUCCCAGCUGUAAUCGUGGCCAUUUCCGCAGCAUCCAGACCUCGCCUUUAUGGAACACAUGAACACUGCUGGCUCGAGCUGAAACAAGGAUUCAUCUGGGGUUUCCUUGGCCCCGUCUGUGUCAUUAUCUGCGUGAAUUUAGUAUUUUUUCUCUUGGUCCUUUGGCUUUUGAAAAAGAAAUUCUCCUCCCUCAACAGUGAAGUGUCAACCAUCCAGAAUACAAGGAUGCUGACACUGAAAGCAGCGGCCCUGGUCCUCAUCCUUGGCUGCACGUGGUGUCUGGGCAUCUUGCAGGUGGGCCCAGCUCAGAGGGUCAUGGGCUACCUCUUCACCAUCAUCAAUAGCCUUCAGGGUGUCUUCAUUUUCCUGGUCUACUGCCUCCUCAGCCAGCAGGUUCGAAAGUGGUUUGGAAACAUCAUGAAACCUAAAUCUGAAUCUGAGACUUAUACACUUUCCAGCAGGUUUGGCCCUGACUCAAAACACAGUGCGGACAAGUGAAGAGAAAAUAUUAAAACUAGAACUUUCAACUUCACAUGGAAAGUCAUAUCCAUGGAUCUGGCUGGCAGUAUGAAGAAUGAAGCUGGGGACAAAAGGAAUCAUUAUACACAACAUCCCUAGAGAAGAAAUGUUUAACCUGUACUUCCCGAAGUGUUUGUUCUGCAUAAUGGGCUCUCGAUAAAUGAGUGUUGAAUUGGAUUUCUCCUAUUCAACCAAUGCUUGUCCCUGGUUACCCAAAUCAUGACUGUUGCAAAUACGUUUUGUAAAUGAGGAGGUCCCUUUCAUGGCCUUGUCUCAAGUUAAACUUGUUCUUUAAACUCAUCCACUCCAUCAGCUUUGCCUUCUUUCUUAUCCAGGCUAGAUUUCAUGACCAACCAGAUCAAAUGGUUCUCUCUCAUACUUUCAGCACCUUUGCCUUCUCAUUCCACACCUAUCAGGGAAGACCCCAAUCCAGGAGUGAUCCAAAGAUGGCAGGCACUGUGUGUUGUCUAUUCAGUAGGGAUCACCACAUCAUAUGUUCCUUAUUAACAGAAACUUGACUGUUUUAAGAUUUGAGACAGCAAUGUGCCUGAACACAGGGGAUCGGUUGGGAUUGGUUUGAGCUGAAUGAUAAUCAGUUAAAUGGAGAUUACUUCCCUCCGUAAUGAACAUUUGACAAUGUCUGAAAAAGAUUUUUUUUGUUUUUAUGACUGGGGCAAAGUGGGGUGCUACUGGCAUCUAAGUGGUGGAGCCAGAAGUACUGCAAAACACCCUACAGACAGACCACACACACAGAGCAAAGAAUUAUUCCUCUCCAGGGCUGAGGUGGAGGAGCCCUGGUCCUAACUAACCAUAGUGACGGUAUUCCUAUUUGCUAAAGAUUGUUUCAGGAUGUGCAUUUAUACCAAUUGUGACCAAUGAGAUAUAAAAAACACCCACUGGAACCCUUUCUGGGUUGGCUCAGUGGAUAGAGCAUUGGCCUGCGAACUGAAGGAUCCUGAGUUCGAUUCCAGUCAAGGGCACAUGCCUGGGUUGCAGUCUCCAUCCCCAAUAGGGGGCGCGCAGGAGGCAGCCAAUCAAUGAUUCUCUCUCAUUAUUGAUGUUUCUAUCUCUCUCUCCCUCUCCUUUACUCUCUGAAGUCAACAAAAAUACAUUUUUUUUAAAAAGCAAAACAAAAAACACAUACUGGAAAAUACUUUUACUCCUUGAAAAAAUAAAAUUUUUAAAAGACAAAUUUAAGGAGAGCCUGACCAUCACCUCCUAUUUUUUGGCUACUUUAAUAAUAGGAUGCUUGCAGAAAACAGUGGAAAGAUAGGAAUAAUCUGGGCUAUGACAUUGUUGAGUUGCUGAGCCAACCCUUUUUCCUAUAUAAGACAAAAUCCUUUUGUUAAGCCACUUUGGGCCAGAGAAUCUGUGACUUGCAGCCCAAAUCAGCCUUCUUUAUGAACCAACCGUGUUUCUUCUCCACUCUCCAACGAAGCAGUGAGAUCCCAGGACCACUCAGCUUGGAGCCAUUACAAAUGUGCACUUUCUGAUCUAAACAAGACCCUCCAUGCUACCUGACACUUGCUUUUCCUAUCCCUAGUCAACUUUCCCACAUGGGGAGUUUCUGUUUUCACUUCCUUUCUCAAUUCACAUCACUUUUUCCCUUUACAUAAGGUGUAAAACCUUGUCUUCUACUUAACAGAGAUAAUAAACAUCGGCUGAUGGAAAGUC